GGCGAGUGGGGGCCGAGGCGGCGCCUCUCCCCGUCCCCCUCUAUCCCGCGUCCCCAACCGGGACGCAGUGGAGCCCGGCGGGCGGUCCCAGCCCCAGCCGCGGCCGUCCCGGGGACGCAGACGCCAAAGCCCUUCGGGCCAGGGCAAGGACCCAGGCCGGCCUAGCCAGCUGUGACAGCCCCAUGGCCCCGGUCGGCCACUGAGCCCCACCAUGGGCAACCUAUACUCAGAAUACCUAAGCCCCAGCAAGGUCCCAGAACACUAUAAUUAUACCAAGGAGACGCCAGUCACAGAGACGCCCUCCCGCCAGGUGGCCUCAGUCCUCAUCAUCAUCCUCUGCUGCGCCAUUGUGCUGGAGAACCUGCUGGUGCUCAUCGCGGUUGCCCGCAACAGCAAGUUCCACUCGGCCAUGUACCUGUUCCUGGGCAACCUGGCUGCCUCAGACCUGCUGGCAGGCGUGGCCUUCAUAGCUAAUACCUUGCUCUCGGGCCCGUUCACACUGAGGUUGACCCCUGUGCAGUGGUUUGCUCGAGAGGGCUCUGCCUUCAUCACGCUCUCCGCCUCCGUCUUCAGUCUCCUGGCCAUUGCUAUCGAGCGACAAGUGGCCAUUGCCAAGGUCAAGCUCUAUGGCAGCGACAAGAGCUGUCGCAUGCUGCUGCUCAUCGCCGCCUCGUGGCUCAUCUCAAUGGUUCUCGGCGGCCUGCCCAUCCUUGGCUGGAACUGCCUGGGCCACCUAGAGGCCUGCUCCACUGUCCUGCCGCUCUACGCCAAGCCCUACGUGCUCUGUGUGGUAACCAUCUUCUCUGUCAUCUUAUCAGCCAUCGUAGCUCUGUACAUCCGCAUCUACUGCGUCGUCCGCUCCAGCCAGGCUGAUGUGGCCGGCCAGCAAACGCUGGCCCUGCUCAAGACCGUCACCAUUGUGCUGGGCGUCUUCAUCGUCUGCUGGCUGCCCGCCUUUAGCAUCCUCCUCCUGGACUACGCCUGUCCCGUCCGGGCCUGCCCCAUCCUCUACAAGGCCCACUACUUCUUUGCCUUUGCCACCCUCAACUCUCUGCUUAACCCUGUCAUCUACACGUGGCGCAGCCGGGACCUGCGGCGGGAGGUGUUACGGCCGCUGCAGUGCUGGCGGCGGGCGGCUGGGGGGCAAGGACGGAGGGACGGGACCCCGGGCCACCGCCUCUUGCCCCUCCGCAGCUCCAGCUCCCUGGAGAGGGGCACGCACAUGCCCACAUCACCCACAUUUCUGGAGGGCAACACAAUGGUCUGAGGGCCAAGUGGGCUGACAGUUAGGCUACGUGGAGAGUCACUGGGUGACGUGGGGCUACCAGGCAAGGGGCCCCCACUCCACAGCCUGGGGUGAUGUUGAAGAUAUUUCACACCUGGUAUGGCCAACUCGGUAUGCCAUGCCAGUCGGAUGGCAGAGCUGCAGCAGGGUCCCAGAGGCCAGCGCGGUGGCCCGUGUGACCUCUUCGGAACUGGAUCUUGGGGAGGAUGGGGGAGGGGGGACCCGGAAAGGGCCCAGGGGACAGUAGGUGGGUGCUCAAGAAGAGCACAGAGGGAGUUCCCGUUGCGGCUCAGCAGCUUAAGAACCUGACUGGUAUCAAUGAGGAUGUGGGUUCAAUCCCUAGCCUUGCCCAGUGGGUUAAGGAUCUGGUGCUGCCAUGAGCUGCAGUGUAGGUCGCAGACACUGCUUGGAUCUGGCAUUGCUGUGGCUGUGUCAUAGGCUGGCAGCUGCAGCUCUGAUUUAACCCCUAGCCUGGGAACUUCCAUAUGCUGCAGGUACAGCCCUAAAAAGACCAAAAAAAAAAAAAAAAAAGCACAGCACAGGAGCGAUUUCCCACCCAGUACAGAGGAUUUCAACAUUUCACAACCGUCUGCCUUCCCCUCCACCCUGUGCCCAGACUUCCCUCUCUGAAUUUACCCCCUUUGCCACCUCCUUGCGAUCUCAGAGGCCACUUCCCUGGAACCACUGUCCUGAGGGGCUGGAGACCUCCUCCCUGACCGUUCUGGGCAGUCCCGGAUGACAGUUCCCCGGGUUCCAAUCCACAGCUUCCCUAAAUCUCACCAGCUGCCACUUUGUUGACUUCUUCCCUUUCUUUCUGCCAGGAAACCACGUGGGGAUGGGGGACUAAACCCCAUUCUCAGACCUCAUUGGCCAUUUGCACUAUUUGGGGCACGGGGGAAUCACUGAGGUCUGGAAAAACCGGUCUGGGGGACUGAGGAGAGCUCCGGGCCUCCCAAGGGGGGCAGGGUGGAAUUUGAGAAAGUUCUAGGGGAGCCAAUGGCACAGGGCCCCCUAUACCCCCCUAAACAACCAACCCCUAAGUUACUCCCACCUCCAGCCCCAGCCAAGGUACCAGAUCUCUCAAGGCAGGGCAGCCUUGAGCCCGCUGUGCCUCCUUUGAGGUUGUACUGAACAGAGCAUGGGGGUGAGGGUGCUAAGGACAAUUUAGGAUGCUCUCCUUUAACUCUGCUCCAGAAGGACUUUGCUAAAAUCUGUGGCUAGGUGGAAGGGACAUUGCGGUACAAAUGUAUAUUUAUGUGUGUCGGUGAGUAUCUGUGUGUGGCUUUGUGUGUGUGUGUGGCUUUGUGUGUGUGUGUGUGUGUGUGUGUGUGUGAAGGCUGUGAUCCCGUCUCCUCAUCAUGUUUCCCAGAAUGGAUGCUGUUUUGUCUCCUCAUGUCUGUGUUGAAGCUGCCAAAGAGGGGUCUGGCCCCCAUGCAGACCCUUUGUAAUUGCUGACUUAUCUCCCCGACUUGGGAGCUAGGGUGCAGCUCACCUCGGGGAAGGAAAUUUCAUGCUUCAAAGUGAUUUCACGUGACUGCAAAGGCUGGGGGUGGGGUCUCUGCUGGGGGGGCAAGGAGCCAGGUGGGAGCUUGUCUCCCCCUACACAGCACCCCAGAUGCCCCUCAUGCCUGAGACCUGGGCCCAGGCCAAUAAACAGUUGACAAUUUCUCUU